AUGGAGCAAAGAGCAAAUAUUAAAUUCUGUAUUAAACUUGGAAAAACAUUGCAAAAACUUUAUGGUGAUGGCUGUUUAGCUCGUUUAAAUGUAUAUAAUUGGUUUAAACGAUUUAAAAAUGGUCGUGAAGAUUUGAAUGAUGAUGAAAGACCUGGUCGUCCAGAAGCAAGUAAUCGUGCUGAAUUGGUGGAAAAAGUCCGCGAAAUCAUUGCUGUUGACGGAAAUUUCACUGUAAGAAUGUUGGCUGAAGAAUUAAAUUCAUCUACUGGUACUAUUUGGAAAAUUUUAACUGACGAGUUGGGCUAA